AGUAUAUUUGUCAUAUGACCGCAACGCGGACGUCACGGACGCACGAGCUGCGGAUGAAAGUAGUGCGUGUUUUCCUGACCGUCAAUUCCAAGCUUACACACAUGAGAGAGAAAUAGUACGACGAAAUGAAUAUACAAACGCAAGUUUAAUACGAAAUUGUCGCCCUUAUACUGUAUUCGGCCGUGUUUGCGGCUCUGAAGCGAUCGAUUCACUCGCCCUAUUUCUCCGCCUUCACUAUCGCGGAUGAAUACAAGGUUGGAGAGACGCGCAGCUCCGACAUUUAACGCUCCGUCCGCAGUGUACUGAGCUGCGUUAAAUCUUUUCUCGUUUUAUUUUAUUUCCCCUCGUUCGACUACGUCUAAUUCUGUUCGCCAUGGUCCGGUCGUCGAAAAUGGGUUUCGUCAAGUAUCUUCUGUUCGCCUUUAACGCGAUCUUUGUCCUUUGCGGCAUAGCCCUGAUCGCUGUGGGCGGAGUGGUGCUGGCGGCACUGAACCCACAGAAGUCCUUCUAUGAGGGCUACCUUGGUGCUCCCGUGGCCAUCAUCAUCUUGGGUGUGUUCGUCUUCGUGCUGGCAUUCCUGGGAUGUUGCGGUGCCAUUCGGGAGAGCUACCACAUGAUCAUGGCGUUCAGCAUCCUGCUGACCGUCGUCUUGAUCUGUGAGCUCGGAGCAGCUAUUGCAGCGUAUGUCUAUCGAUCAAAGAUUGAAUCUGCCCUGAGGACUGCUGCCACCAACUCCGUUGACAAAUAUUUUAACGACACUGAAGUGGAGAAACUCUGGGAUGACAUUCAGAGCAAUCUGCACUGCUGUGGUGCCAACAGCACUGACGACUUCCGCGGGAAGAUUCCGAGCUCUUGCUGUGAAAACAAGCCUACUACAUGCGAUGCUGCCCAUGCUUACAAAAUCACCUGUAUCGAUGCUCUGAUUAACAAGUUCAAGGAGAAGAUUGUGUAUGUGGGUGUGACUGGCAUUAUCAUUUGCUUUAUUGAGGUCGUUGGUAUCAUCUUCGGCUGCUGCCUGGCCCAAUCUAUAAAGAAGUAUGAAGUGGUGUAGCCAGGACAUGUCUCCGGCUGUUGUUCUAAAAGUUUGUUGAAACUAAUAUUCUUUGAUCAUGCCAAUUCCACUUCAGCUUCGAACAGUUGUUCUUAGGUUUGAUUCGUUUUUCCCUGCACAUUUUGAAAGAGACUAUUUGAAACUAGUGCCAAAAAUUAGACAGUCUGUUAAUUCUUCUGGAUGGUUUUGAGUUGGCCCCAAAACUUUUUGAAUACAUUCCGUGCCUUAUAAUGCAGGGACAGCUUUUAAAUAAUGUGCAGAAUGUACAUAGAAUGCAACGCUUCUUUCUGUUAUGUUGUCUGUUGAAUGUGCUUGGGGCUUUUGAUUGAUCUGCUUCAGCAUCGUCGUAGUGGCACAUUUUAAGAUCUGGAUGCAUUUACAUGUUUGCCAAAAUCGAACACAAUAAUGUUUCAAACACUUAUUUUCAGUCUGUAACCCUUAAAUGGUCCGAAAUGUCUAGGUGUAUAUAUAUUUCCCUGCCAGACUUUCGACGUGGCAGCCUCUGAUACGUACCCUUAUCGGGUGGUUUAUAUACACGCAAAACUUUAAAAGAAAGUGUUCCCAAAAUUUAGUUUGAUGUUCCUUAAAUUCAUAGUGUUCAGUGUGCUUUAAGGUUUAGUAUGGUAGUAGUGCACAGUAAAGCACUGAUUCUUCUGCCUUUUGCCCAGGGCUCUGUUUCGUCAGCCUUUUGUACUUACGUCAAGGGUGAAAAGUCAACUUGUACAGAUUAUUCACUUGUGUCUCACCUUGAGUAGCCUGUAAGACCGUUAUUUUAGAUACUUUUGCGCACAUAGAAUGUCGUGUGUAAUGUUGCACUUGUUUACUCCAGAUUGCUUAAUAUCUCUAGUAGUAGUCUUAUAAAACCCUGCUGCAUUAAGUGACUGUACCUUCAUAGUUUACGUUAUUUAAAUGUACCUAAUAAAAGUUGGGAAUGGUC